CUCUCACCUUUUUUUCCAGCAUAUUUCUGUUUACUAACUACAUAAUCCCCUUUUAACUACAUACUGCCCUUGCUUUUGUAACUUUGAACACAUUCUUAUUACUACCUUUAAUUUUGACCAAUUUACUGUCUAACCUUAGAUUCUCCGUAUACAUUAGUGUCCACAUUCUAUAUUGCAUGUCCUACAUAUGAAAAGAAACACUAACCCAUUUCACAAUGUCAGACAUAACCAUUUUUUAACUGACCACAACGUACUUCGUUCCUCUCCGGAAUUGCUGAACUCGGGUGGCCUCCCACAGAUGCCCAGCCACACCAUCUUCAACCCUGCAGUCCCUUGCACCUCCGCCUGGAACACCGACAACACAAACCCAGAUCGCCGCACCAAGCCAAAACUAGACGCAACGCUGAACGAAUUCCAGCUGCGCCUAGGCCCUUGCCGCGGACGGAAAAAACUUGCGGACAAAGCCUUCAGCCGCCGCACCCAAACUCUAGCUCCACUAAACAGGGAGUUUCUCGCCCCAAAAUUCGAAGCUGCAGCAGUCAAAACCAACCGCCCUCCCCUGCACUUCGAUGUCUGCCGAUAGAAACAAAAACCAAAACCACCUUCUCGUCCCACCUUCGUUUUGCUAAAAUCCGAAGCAAAAUUCCUAUUCUUUGGAAAUUAGUUUACUUUCCA